CUUUAAGAAUCCCCGCUGAUGCCUCUGGCUGGCACACAACCAUGUCCAGCAUCACCCACUGGCUGUCAGACCCUCGCAUGCACGACUACCUUGCCAUCGUAAAAGGUGCACGCAACGGUUUUGUAUACGGAGUCAAAGUCAGAUUCCCUCACGCGUUGAUCAUGGCCAUUCUUUUUGGUCGAGGAGACUGGAAAUCUCGUCUUCUUGUUAUAUACAAAGCAACCAAGCAGCACGCCUUCAAUCUAGCAAAAUUUGUUUCACUCUACAAGAUUCUGUUGCUGCUUCAACGAAAGGCAAACGGAGGCAAACAGCGCGGCGCGGAUACAUUUGUUGCUGGCUUGUUGGGAGGGUACGUGGUCUUUGGUGAUAGAUCAGCCGUGAACGAGCAGAUAGUCCUUUACGUGGUAUCCCGAGUCAUUGCUUCAUUCAUGCCGCGCGCAGGUAGCCCGUAUUCGAAAGCGCCUGCAGGAGCGCCUGGAUCUGUGGUGAGACCCAUCCCGCCGGACCCACGGUAUUUCUCUGUCUUCGCGGCACUAUCAUGGGGUGCCGUCAUGUGGUUGUUCCAGCACCGCGGAGAAGCUAUUCAACCUGGCAUGUUCAACUCAAUGACAUACCUUUACCGUGACUCCGAAGUAUGGACAGAUCUGAGGACAUUGUUAUGGCAUAACACAUAGAGGAGUAAUAGAUUUUAAGGAUAUCCUCUUAUUGCUUAGAUUGCAUCGAGCCAGUAAUCCUGCGGCACGUAAUCUACGGUUCUUGCAACUCUCCGACAUUUAUACUGCAUUCUUAAAAGUCAGAAUGGUCACACGUGAUAAGGACUCCUUUUGGUCCGUACCUGAAGCAUAUCCACGGCAGCUGU